CCCAUUUCACCUUCAAAUUAAAGUACAAGUACAUAUUCUAUAAUGUUGCUGCACCUCUCUAUUCUUGCACUUCUCUUGUUAUGUCCUGUGUGGGCUGAGAAUUUCUACCAAGACGCCACGGUCACGUUUGGUGACCAGCGAGCUCAGAUACAAGAUGGCGGGCGUGUAUUCGCCUUGUCCCUUGACAAAAUAUCGGGUUCAGGAUUCCAGUCCAAGAAUGAAUAUUUAUUCGGAAGGUUCGACAUGCAGCUCAAACUAGUACCCGGAAAUUCUGCUGGAACUGUCACCACUUUCUACUUGUCUUCUCAAGGAGCAGGACACGAUGAAAUCGACUUCGAGUUUCUUGGAAAUUCAUCAGGACAACCUUACACGGUUCACACCAACGUUUACUCCCAGGGUAAAGGCAACAAAGAACAACAAUUUCGUCUAUGGUUCGAUCCCACCUCGUCGUUCCACACCUACUCUAUUGUCUGGAACUCUCAAAGAAUCAUAUUUUUGGUGGAUAACAUACCAAUAAGAGUGUACAACAACGACGAAGCAAUUGGUGUUCCGUUCCCAAAGAAUCAAGCAAUGAGAGUUUACGCGAGUCUAUGGAAUGCUGAUGACUGGGCAACCCAAGGAGGGCGGGUGAAGACGGAUUGGUCAAUGGCUCCGUUUACAGCUUCUUACAGGAAUUUCAAUACAAAUGCUUGUGUCUGGUCAGCUGCAUCAUCUACUUCAUCAUGUGGAGGCUCUAAGACUGACUCAGUGAACAAUGCUCAGACAUGGCAAACUCAAGAACUGAACGCUAAUGAAAGAAAUAGGCUUCGAUGGGUUCAGCAGAAAUACAUGAUCUACAAUUACUGCGCCGAUGCUAAAAGGUUCUCUCAAGGUUUUUCUCCUGAAUGCAAGCGUUCAAGGUUCUAAGGAUUGAGUUUACUAAUGUUGUCUAUAUAAUUCUCUUUUUUUCAUUUCUAUUCUUUAUUUUUGUUCUGGGAUACCAGGAGAAAAAGAACAUAGUGUAAUAUUUUGUGUAAGCAAUGUAUUCUUUAUUCUUUUUGUAAUCUUGAAAUAGAAUGAAUUGUUUUUUUCUUGUCAA